AUGCUGCCUCGAAAAGGGGACGCUGCGGACCCCGUGGGGGAAAGGGAGGCGGAGCAAGCGAACAACGUGAAUGAGGUAAAAGACCGUGAUGAAGCGAACGAAGUGAACUCCAACUCCGAGGAGGAGGCAACCGAAAUGGACUUAUUGUGCCCCGCGGUCAAGGCAAAGACACACCCCAGAAGCAGCCUCAGAAACGUAAAACUGUUUUGCAAAAUGAAGAAGAAGUACUACUACCUUAAGCAGAGGGAUUAUCUGUCAUACAAGUACCAGAGAAUGAAGCGGAAAAAGAGGAGGCGAGGGGAGGGCGCGUUAGACGCCAUAUGGAAUGGUAUAAAUCGCUUGGCAAAAUCUGGGUACAGAACGUAUGUUAAGGUGAAAACUCACCUGAAAAGCGCCUUCCCCAAUGUGAAUGUUAAGCACUGUCUGUAUGUGCUUGCAACGUACCUGCUAAUAAACGUCGCGGUGUUUGUUUUUUCCCUGCUGGUUUAUUUUUUUUUAUAUUUUUAUUUGAUCCCCCAGAAUAAGUAUGUGUACCCGGUGGAGUUCUCCCUCCUUAAAAGUCCCAUAGAGGAGUAUUUGCGUAGGGAGCGCGAUAAUGUGGACAGCACCGUGGAGAGAGCGCAGCUUAACCAGGAAAACAUCCUCUGUGAGCCGCACGAAACAUAUCUGCACCAUUUGAAGUCGCUCCAAAGUGAAAUUUUAAGCAGUAUAAAGAGGAAGGACACAUGUUGCUGCUCAAACAUGUGGAAAAACACAACAAUAGACACACAUCCAUUUUGCAGCAAAGCAGAAAAUUAUCCCAAUAGGGAGAAAUUGCACCACUUUGAUGACCAAAUGGAGUAUGCAUAUUUGCAAAAUAAUAUAUUAAUAGGUCAGGUGAAUUUUGAAAAAUGGUCAAACAAAAAUAAAUCGCACAACGAUCACAAUUUUCUUCAUUUUUUUAUUCCCUUUUUGAAGAAGAAAGAAAUUAGCAAACUGAAAAUAAAAAAAGGAUACAAAAUCGACGUUCUUCUAAAUCUGUCCUACAUGAACAAUGACUACAACGACAAAUUCAAUUUUAUGCAAUUGCAGACGGAGGUACUUGACACGAAUGGGGAUGUCCUUUUUCGAAAUGAAAAGCUACACAUAAACAAUAGAAAUUAUAACUAUAUAAAUAAACUGCAUUUAUUUUUUAACACCCCUUUUUAUUUCUUCAACAUUUUUAAUCGGAGAAAAAUGGAGAUCUGCCUAGUUGAUGGAUACCAGUAUGGUCCCCACUUUGGGAAAAUCAACAUUUAUCUGUACCCCCCCAUGCAGAUUUAUAAGGCCUAUGUAGUGGUACUUGUGUACGUCAAUUUUGUUUUCUACUACAUGUAUAAUUAUCCCUUUCUCUUUUUUUACGUGUUUGUUUUUGUGCUAAGCGCCUUACUCAUUUUGGUCAACACGGUCCUCUUUGUUUUGGGCGUGCUUUGCUACUACAUGAUGGGCUGA